AUGAGCGGCGUAUUCGAGCCUGCGGAAACAGGCUUAAGCGUGAGCUUAGGAAAUGACGGCGUGGUACCUGUUGAUAUGGACAGUCUAGAGAUUCACGAACUUUCAUCCGACUCAAAGAAAACGGCCUCUAUUCGUCGACCGAAGAGAAAGUUAUUCUUCGUUCCAACGUUUUUCGCUGCUGUCGCUUUUUGUAUUUUGGUGGGACUUCUGAAGCAACGGCUGCACCAGCCAGCCGACUCUACUGGCAAAGCUUUGCAAGUUUCUGAUAUUCGGCCUCCCGCAACUAUCUCGGGGCGUUGGACCCACCGGCAACUGCCCGCCCAGUACGAUGAGUGGGGCCUGCCGACGAUAACACACUUUGAAGAAACCCUUUCCCCGACUCUGAAGCAAGGCAAAGAAGCGAUCGCCCAGGCAGUUAAAUCUGCACAUUCCGAACCAAAGAAGAGCAGCAGACUCUCUGUAGACCCGGCGAACAGGCAGCACCUUGCUGCGAGAACUCUAUCGAACGACAAGUCCGAGUCGCUGCUGGGAAUGACAGUUGAACUCGAAAACGUAGUCCCGUUCAAACCCCGUGCGCAGAACAAACCUGUGCCUAGCAAAAUGCGCAUUACAAAAGUUGUGGGCUCGGACUCCUCGGGCUUGCUCGUUCUGGCAGAGGAUCUCGAGUCCCGGGAGUUGUACACCAUGCGCAUUUGCAUAAUGCAAGCUCCUCUGGCGUCGGCGUUCUCCGACAGCGAGGGGCUCUUUGAAACAACUUCGUAUUGGAAUGACAUUGACGCAAAAGUGGCUAGUCAGAUCUCCAAGAGCACUCCGGAGGGCGGGGAAGACUCGCAGGAAAUCGCCACCGUUCCGAUUUACACUGCAAACGUUGCAGGUGCAACAGACGCCACUGUAAUCAAUGGAAGCUACGUUUUUGGUCAAGUUUACCUCCUCGAAGAGUUGCACGGAAGCAUGCGGACUUUGGAUCUGCGAGACGAAGCUCUUCUGCCACAAGUCAACGAAUACGUUGCCAGCCGCUUGCUGCAGGUCUUCCUCAAACUGCAGAAGGCAGGAAUAAGCAGUGCGGCUGUGGACUGGAGCAGUAUCUUUGUGCGUCCCGACGGUUCUUUCGUCGUGAGCAGCUUUCGCUCCUCCGCCCCCUUCGGCUGGCCCUACGGGCCUUUUGCUGCGUUCAAUCUGGAAAGAUCUGAGCCGCAGCUCGUUCUCUCGAUCUUUCGUUCCAUCGAAACAAGCGAGGCCUGUUUGUCUCACCCUGCCGUCGACAUGUGGCUUCUUGGGAGCCUCUUGUUCGAGUUGUUCACAAAGGGAGAAUCUGCCUACGGCAUGGACGAGUGGUACGAAAUGGAGGACUCGAAGGAGCUGGCGAAAGCAUUGCUUGAAAGGAAAACUAGAUCUGAAAUCUUGCGGCCACAGCUGGAAGCUGCACAUGUUCCCGAAAGGUGGUCAGAGCUUAUCCUGCGCUUGCUGGAGCCCGAAAGAGUCAACAGGAUCACUGCUUUUGGAAUUAUGAAGGAGUUCCCCGACCUCGCACAUCAUAUAUCGCACAGGCUGUCUGAAUAG